AUGGUUGCAAACACGGCUUCCCGCAAGAACGGGCACACACCAGAACAUGCCACCACCGCCCAGCAGCUUGCCAUCACGUCACACCACGACGCAAGCGUGUCAUCAGUUCUCAAGAUGGGCGGUGAUGAUCAGAGGAAGCAAGCCCUGCCUGCCGCUGAUCGCCUUGCCAAACACAGCCCAGAACAUGGCACGAUCACACCGCUCCACCCACAGCACAGCACAGCACAGCACAGCACAGCACAGCACAGCACAGCACAGCAAACGAUGUUUGCGUUCCCAGGCAGCGGAGGCUUCUACUCCGACCCGUUUGGAGUGUCGCCUCGCCGCACGCGCAGGGCACCCCCAGCACCACCAGCAGCAGCAGCAUACCAGGACCCAUACGCCAUGCCACAGCGCCGGGCGCCCCGCCGCUCCCCGCGGUCCCCUCAGCGACGCGAGGUGGAGGUGGAGCCCGAGGAGUUUGCUGACGAGGACUUGUACCGCAGCAUGGACCCGUUUGCCCGCAUGAUGUACGGCAUGGACCCUUACGAGGCGCAGCGCCGCCGCAAGGCCGCCCAGGAGCAGGAGCGCGCGCGCCAGGCCCGCCUGCGCGAGCAGAAGCUGGCCAAGAUGCGCAAGGCCGCCCUGAUGCGGGGCUACAACCGCGCCGCCACCACCAUCCAGCGCGCCUACCGCGCCCACCGCAAGGCCAAGCACAUGGCGGAGCGGGAGGGGGCCGCGCUCGUGAUCACGCGGUUCAUGCGCGCGGUGCCCUCCGUGCGCCGGGCCAAGAAGAUUGCCGCUUCCCUGCGCCAGCUGCGCUCUCUGGAGCAGGAGCUGGUCAAGAUGACCGCCGCCUACCAGCAGCGCCCGUGGGGCUACCGCAACACGCUCUGGUUUGUGGACCAGGUGGAGAAGCUCAUCUUGCGCCUGGACGAGGUGCAGCCGCACCGCAGCGAGUUUGUGCGCCACCGCCGCAAGGACGUUGUGCAGCACGCCCAGCAGUCGCUGCGCUACGCCGACUGCGUCAUGCGCAUGUUCAAGCGCAAGGCGCAGGUGCUGGCGCGUGCCCUGCGCACCCACCUGCACAGGAAGCACGCGCACCACCGCAACGCCGCCGCUCGCGUGGUUCAGCGCGUCAUGCAAGGCGUGCCCAAGGUGAAGCAGGCGCGCCAGGUGCGCACGGCGCUGCAGCAGGUCCGCACGGAGCUGUCGCAGCUGCAUGACCUUCGCCAGCGGUACAUCGACGCCCUGCAGUCGGCGUCGUCCAUGCUGCACGAGCACGAGCAUGAGCACGGGGAGCUUGCGUUGGAGUCGGAUGCCCUGGACUCGGCGCUGUCGCAGCUCACGUCGCUCGUGGCAGCCGAUCUGCCUGCCCUCACCGGCAGCGACGCCACUGACGAUUACGAUUACGACUACGACGACACGGCGUCCACAACCAGGAAGAGCAAGAAGGCGAAGAAGGCAUCGUCCUCGAAGAAGAAGAAGCAACAGCAGCACAGCAAGGCGCACAAGCACCACGCGCACGACGACGAGUCCGCGAUGGACGAGCUGGAGGACCAGCAGGAGGACGACGGCGAUGGCGACGAGCUGAGCAGCAAGACGCGCACGGCACUGCGGCUGCUGCACCACGAUGACGACGAUGAGGGCGCGACAGAGCUCUCCGAGCACACGGCCACGACCACGGAUGCGGAGGAGGAUGAUGACGAGAGGCACGAGGCUUCGCGGGCGGCGGCGGCGGAAGAGCCCACGCCGAAGAAGAAGAAGCGGCGCCAGAAGAAGCGCCGUAACCGCAAGCUCAAGCGCAGCGUUGUUGCCGUCUAACCUAUGUUUGGGGAUACGUGGCGUCGGGUGUGACAAUGGGUGAAGAUGGGUGAAGAUGGGUGACGGUGAUGAGUGUGUUGUGUUGUUGUUGUUUGAGCCGUGCCUUUCUCUUCUUCUUCUUGUUGUCGGUGUGUGUGUGUGUGUGUUUAAAGGCUAUGUGAAUAAGAGUGGGCCUUCCUUGCUUCUUUUACUUCCUUCCUUUAUUGCUUCUAACUUUACAUUGCCUGUCCAGCCAUCACGAUGCGCUUGCGAGCAAGUAAACGAACUCAGCCAAGA